AUUUUGUUUAUCUCUUUGAGAAAAGAGUCAAGGAGAUAGAAGCUGAAAAUUCUUAUUGUUAGUUUUGCGGGCAAUAAGGACGUUAGAUGGAUAAGAAUUUCUUAGGAAAUUAAUAUAUCGCUCAAGACGACUUUCCAGAGUAAUUUUUGAUAAUUGCAAAAGAAUUCGAAGAAACAUCACACUGUGACAAAGAGGAAGAAUUUACAACUUUAAACUUCUAUAAUAAUCAGCUAUGUCGAUUAUAAUUACAUCGAUAAAAUUGAUGGAACUAACAUCGCAAGUGAUGACUCCCGUUAACAGCUUUGUAGGGGUGAGUCUCCUGACGAUGCCCUACUGCUUCAAACAAUGCGGCAUCGUCUUGGCCACUCUAAUGUUAAUUUUGUGUCACAUCUUGUCACGAUUGACGUGUCGCUUUCUCAUUAAGUCCUUCGUAAUACCAAAUAAAACCAUGUUUGAACUACUUGAUUCUCACACGUACGGUACGAAAGAGAAGUUUCUUGCGAAUAUUUUAAUCGGCAGUUUUAUGCUGGGAACUUGCGUCGCCUACUUCAUCGUCAUCGGCGAUCUGGGAUUCCAGCUCGUACAGAAUCAGAUGGAUAAUGUAAUCUCGGAGCAUAUUCGCACACUCUGGAUAAUCGUGAUCGAAGUCUUCGUAGUUUUUUUUGUCGAACUAUGUCAAAAUAUUGAUUACCUGUUUGACACUUACAUCAUUAGUGUUAGCUUCUAUCUUUGCGUUGCAGUAGAGACUGUAAUAAAAUUUUUCAUUCCGAAAAAUCGGUGGAGUAAUAUUAAUUGGGACAGUGUUGAUUAUUGGAGAUUAGCUGGCAUUCCCCAGUGCUUGCCAAUCUUUUUCAUUGCUUCCUUCUGUCAUAUUCAACGGCUCGAAAUGUAUGAAAUUGCUUCAAAUACAUCUCUAAAUAAAAUGAAUAUAUAUACUGUUAUGUACAUAAUCGUUGGCUUCUUUGGUUACAUUCGCUUUGGUAAUACUCAAUCACUCGCAGGAAAUAUUUUACUGAAUUCCGAGCCUGACAUGUUGUCCGAAUUGAUUAAAUUGUUAUUCAUAUUUUUGAUUGUAUUCAGUUUUCCUCUAGUCAUUCGUAUUUGUCGUAACAGCUUGUAUUCUCUUUUAUUUAAUCAGAUAACUACUGACGAGCUAUUUGUCAGUCAUUUGUCAAAAUUCAAAUGUUUAUGCCUCACUGUCGCAAUAGCAACCAUUGCUAUGGUAAUCGCUAUUCUAAUGCCAAGCCUAGAGUUUGUUCUUAGUAUCAUUGGAUCGACGAUUGAAGCAAAAUGAUUAAGCUGUAAAAGGGUAAAGGGUGUUUUCAAUAAAACUGUUUUGAUACAAAGAAACAACAUGUCGAAAAAUCUGAUAAAGCAGCAGUAAACACCUUUAUGCCGAUAAAAGAAAUAAAAGUAGAAACAAUUAAAACUUUAAAUGAGUAAUUAUAUAUAUAUAAAUGCGAUGCAGAUUACUGCUAAUAUCAAC